AGCCAACAUUCAAAAAUGGUAGUUGAAGAUUGACCCCGUCAAAUGUGAUCGAGUGUUUGAUUGGCAGUACUUUGUUUCAAGAUACUUGUUUUCAAUUAUUUCUUUAUCAGAUAUGGCUCUCCCGAUCUAUUGAUCAACAUUUCAUUGAAGUGUUGAUAUUCUUACUACCUAUAGUUUUUUUUUUUUAAAUUAGGGAAAUGGAAGGUUAUCUGUCUGAUCAGGAUAUUUUCGCUGAUGAGUCAGAUGAUGUAGUGGUGUCAUCCUCUCCUAAGACACCUGUAUACAAAGAAUCUGUUGAAGUUUCUCGUUUAAAAGCAUUAAUGGGAGGCAUACCUCCUCCUCCAGAAAUGACCAACCCUGCUAUUGACAUGUCAACAAUGUUAUCGUCUUGGUAUUCUAAUAAGCAUCUUUGGUGGGAUGGUUCAUGGACUUCUACCACUAAUGCACAAAAAGAAUUUGAUAUUUAUUUAAACCACAAUUGUGAAGAGGUCGAAGCACUUAGAAUGAAGAUAGCAGAAAGACGUAUAUCUUCAGAAACUUCUAGUAGUUUUGUUAUGCAUGAAGUUCUUACAAAUUCAGCUAAGAAAAGACAGAAGCGAAAUGGCUGGGCCAAGUCACCUGGAAGUAGAUUGUCUUAUUUAGCAAAAAGAAGAAACACAUUUUGUAAGCGGACUAAUGAUUUAUCCAAAGCUAGGACAAUCUCAAUUAUUAAAGAUGACAAAAAAAAAAGCUCACAAGGUGGACAGCUUUAUUUGAAGCGGGCUCUCUUCCAAAGCCCCGAUAAUUCCGAUUUUACUACUCCGAUCUCACAGUGUAAAAGGCCCCGGUUAAUGUCAUUUAGUGAGAGUUCUCUGAGACCUACAAUGUCGAAGGACACAUUUGAGAAUUCCAACUCCAAACUACGUACCUGCACUAGGAAUCUAGACUCGGAAUUUGACAAAUUCAAAUGUGAAAAAAUACUGAAUCCUAGACAGAAGCAGCUGUGGAGCAGAGCUCCUCUUGCAGCUAUUACUACUAAGAUGAAGAUUUUGUGACACUUGUUAGUCUCUGUAAUAUUUACUUAUAAAUAAAUAAUAUAAAAACCUUUAUAUUUAUGUACAUAAAUUAUUCAUGAUUUCAUUCUAUUUUAAUUCUGUUUAUAAUUAAUUUAAUUUCAAACUGAAGUUUGUUGUGGUGAAUAUUAUGUCUAUGCUGCUCUGCCUAGUAAAACACAGUAUCCUCCAAUUGUCAUUUUCGUAAUUUACAAAUUGCUGUAAUCAGAAAAACUUCUUUAUUUUAAUGCUAUUAAAGAUGUUAUAAGUGAA